AUGGAUGUGUCUGGCACCAACCCACUGGUUGAGAGGUUUCAGUGCGGUGCUUUUCCCUCUAAGCUGGAACAAGGGCUUGAAGAGGACUUUCCCUCUAUCGAGGAGGGGGACAAAGUGGCAAGCCAAGUACGAAAGGAUAAAAAGCCCUCCUUUUUCAUCCCAGAGAUCCCACCGUACCGCGGAAAGGAUCUCGAGGUUCAACCACAAAAAUCUUAUAAUCCACUUGCCGUGGAGGAGGCUGAAAAUCGAGUCAUCCAUUCCUUUCGUACGCUUUAUAAAGCUUCUUUUGGUGAAACACCCCCGAGUUAUCAAAAGGGCAAACUAAUCUUGUCUCAACAGGCGUUUUCGAUGGAGACCCUCCUAAGCUUAAAGGCAUCCGGGGAGCCCCUACUUACUAACAGGCGUGAGCCACUACUUCUUAUUAUUCUUAACAGUAACAGGAAGUACCGCUCCUUUAAAGGGGAAUCUUAUAUUGAUAAGGAAGGAUAUAAAAAGGAUAAGGGAAUCCAAAAUGGGUUUGUUGAAAUGGAGAGGAGAAAAGGCAAGAACGAUAAAGGCGACGGCGCACGUUUACCUACUAGGCGGCGUAUUGGUAUUCGGGGAAUCCUCCUUAAUAGACGAAAUAUUCCUAUUAUGUCAAUGCCAAUUGAAUCAAUGUUAUUAGAUGUGAAUUCGAACUUUUUGGUAUUUUCCGUUUCUUCGGAUGAUAUGAUGGGUCAAUCAUUUGCUUCAUUGGUUUCAACGGUGGCAGCUGCGGAAUCCGCUAUUGGGUUAGCCAUUUUCGUUAUAACUUUCCGAGUCCGAGGGACUAUUGCUGUAGAAUUUAUUAAUAGCAUUCAAGGGUCAGGGCCAAAAUAUUCCUUAAGAAAGUCCUAUCGCGUGGUAAAGAGAAGAGAGUACGAAAGAAUAGUAAACAGAGCACACCGCAGAAAGAUUCUAAAUAUGAGAAGUCCCCCUUGGAUUCGAGAAGAAGGAAAUGAAGAACGGGAACGAAACGAAAUGAGGCGUUUCCAGCUCUAG